AUGAAGAUUGUGUCAUAUAAUGUGAGAGGACUGGGCAGUAGUGCCAAGAGGAGAAUAAUUAGAGAACUAUUGGUCAAAGAACAAAUUGAUAUGAUGUGUGUUCAAGAGACAAAGUUGGAAUCAGUGGAUGUGGGCGAUUGUACACAAAUGUGGAGGGACUCGGAGUUGGAAUGGAAAGCAUUACCAGUUGUUAAUAAAGGAGGUGGUCUUCUCUGCAUUUGGAAGAGAGACACUUUUCAUCUAUUGGAGUGUGUGCUUGGGCAUGGAUUCAUAGGCUUGGUGGGAACAUGGGGGGACAUGUCAGAAACCUCUGCAAUUGUUAAUAUUUAUUCUUCUUGCAGGUUGGAGGAGAAAAGGGCCAUGUGGAGAGAACUAGUAGAAUGGAAAAAUCGAAGCCCAAUAUCCCUCUGGUGUUUGGGUGGUGAUUUCAACUCAGUACGGGCAGAGGAGGAACGAAGGGGAGUGGCGACAAACAUUGGCUCUCAGCGAAGGGACAUUGCAGAGUUCAAUAGAUUCAUUGAGGAGAUGGAGUUGCUGGACCUUCCCUUGUCAGGCAGAAAGUAUACAUGGUACAGGCCCAACGGGCAAGCCCAAAGUCGAAUUGAUCGUUUCCUGUUAUCCCCUGAGUGGCUAGCAAAUUGGCCUCAUUCUGCGCAGAUUGGAUUUGACAGUUUUGUGCAAAAAACGUGGGAGGAGAACCAAAUUACAGGGUGGGGCGCUUACAGACUUAAAGAAAAAUUGAAGGGACUGAAAGUAAAAUUGAAGAGCUGGAACAGGGAAGUGUUUAGGGAUUUGAGAACCAGGAGGGAGGCAACAAUUUUACAAAUUAAUGAUCUGGAUAGUAAGGAGGAGGAGUUGGGGCUAUCUGAGGAGGAGAUCAAUUUGCGUAAAACAGUGACGGCAUAA